CCAGAAUGCGGCGCGGGAGCGCGGGGCCGCAUUCAGUUAUUUACAGCCCGGCCCAAGAUGGCGGAUCAUGAGGAGCAGGUCUCGGAGGAGGAGAAGGUGCGCAUAGCAGCAAACUUCAUUAUUCAUGCUCCACCAGGAGAAUUCAAUGAAGUUUUUAAUGAUGUGCGGUUGCUGCUCAAUGAGGACAAUCUUCUUAGGGAGGGCACAGCACAUGCCUUUGCACAGUAUAAUGUGGACCAGUUUACUCCAGCAAAAAUUGAUGGUUAUGAUGAUCAGGUCUUAAUAACAGAGCAUGGUGAUCUUGGUAAUGGUAGAUUUUUGGAUCCCAGGAACAAGAUCUCAUUCAAAUUUGACCAUUUACGAAAAGAAGCAAGUGAUCCCAAGCCCCAUGAUGUUGAAAAUGCAUUGGAAUCUUGGCGAAGUGCUGUUGAUACUGCUAUGAGAGCAUAUGUAAAAGAACAUUAUGCAAAUGGUGUCUGCACUGUAUAUGGGAAAACCAUUGGUGGGCAUCAAACUAUUAUAGUAUGCAUUGAGAGUCAUCAGUUUCAACCCAAAAACUUCUGGAAUGGACGUUGGAGAUCGGAGUGGAAGUUUACUAUCACUUCUUCAUCAACUCAGGUGGAAGGCAUUUUGAAGAUUCAGGUUCAUUAUUAUGAAGAUGGCAAUGUUCAACUGGUCAGCCAUAAAGAUGUACAGGAAACUUUGUCUGUCACUAAUGAAGCUCAGAUGGCUAAAGAAUUCACAAAACUUGUAGAAGCAGUAGAAAAUGAAUACCAGACUGCUAUCAAUGAAAACUAUCAGACCAUGUCAGACACUACAUUUAAAGCCUUGCGCCGACAACUGCCAGUCACCCGCACCAAAAUCGACUGGAACAAAAUCCUGAGCUACAAGAUUGGCAAAGAAAUGCAAAAUCUUUAAGAGGAAGUUUCGCAUGACUGGAUAAUUUUCGUGUCUGUUUUAAAAAGGUCUGGUCUCACAAGUGUGAAAUUGUUGAAUUACAUUUAUAAAUAAUUUGGGAAAUUGCCUCAUAACCUUUUUUAAUACACUUUCAGUUGAACACCAUUAGCGCUCAUGAUAGAUUUACUGUGCACAAAGCGCAUGAUUUUCAAUGCAGCAUUUCCCUUUCUAACAAUGUUAAAAUACUUUAACUCUAUGGUUUACUCAUGUGACUGUUUUCAUUAUUUAAUGUAUGUUCCCUUUCUAAAACAUCCAGUACAGCCAUCAUGUUUAGUUGCCAUAUUUGUUUACAGUACCAUGGUGAGACCAUGCCUUUUUUAGUUUUUUGGUUUCUGCUUAAUAUUAUGUUGCCGAGGAUUGAAGCAAAUUUUAAUUUUAACAGAUUGGGCCUAUUUCUUCCCAGUACCUUUAUUUAGGUGAACGGUUACUGAUCAUUUAUAUCUAAGGUGUAUCCCUUCAUAGAUUGCAGUUACUUCCACAUUAAUUUCUGAUCUUGCCUUUAUUCUCCAUAGAGAUAUUCUGUUCAAGGGGUAAAUGACGUGGGACAGAAAAUACUGAAUUAAUGGGUAAAUAAUUCAAUAUGGUUAGUAAUGUUUAUGCUUUACUGACAUGCACUGUCUCAGAUGUAGUUAAUAUUUCUUGCAAAAAUAUACAUAAAAUGCAGUUACUGCUUUGUGCCCACAUAAACUCCUCCUUCAAUGAGCUGUGUAUUAAAAGUUACCCAUGAGUUAUUUUUUAUGAAGCAGACACAACUGUACCAGAACAAGACACAUUGUAAUAUAAACCUGUAUUCAUUAAUUUGUGUGCCAGCCUGUUUUAUUUCCUCCUUUCAAUGACAUACAUUUAAUCCUUAAAUGUACUUUGUAUAUAAUUCAUUUGUAAAUGACAAUUUGUCAUUUGAUAAAUUUAGGAUACAUUUCUGAAAGAAAUGCAUGGACAUGGUAAAAAUUGCAGUGCCAAGUACCCUUUCCCAAGUUUGCUGUAGUUCGAUGUAAAUAUUAUAGCAAUCUGGAAGCUAAGGCUGGAGUUGCACUCUUUAUGAAAGAGUUCAGGGUGCACCUUGACAUGUUUUAAUAAAAUGGGCAACUUGUCCCAAUGUUAUUUGAGUAAUUUUCAGCUAAGUGGUAAAAACUUCCAACAAAAGAGGUUGCAACAUUGGUUUACACACUACCCCUCCAGUCCAUAAUGAAGUUGAACCUAAAGAGGUAGUCCUUGAGUCUGUUAUACUUGAAUAUGAUUCAAAAAUAGUGUUGAAGUUGUAAAUAGGUUUAUACCUGUUAUCUGCCAACAUAUUAAAAUGGUCUGGCAUUGUGACUUUACAUGUAGUACCCAUGUACAGAAUGCUUUUAUGACAGGGAUAGAAGGAGUAUGGUUGUGACUUUUUUGUUUGGUGGUUAAAGCCAAUGUAUAAAAGCAGUCUUGGUGUUGCAUUAACCCUGGCCUUCAGCACUAAACACAACAGCAAAAUAACAAAAUAUUUAAAAUUGACUGCCACUUAAGUCAGUAUUAGGUUACUGUUUAAUCUUCCAGUUUGCAUUUUGACUAGAUUUUGCACUUUUAGUGUAAAUGGACAAAAAAGUCAGCAUGAACACGGUGGGCCGGUGGGCCAAAGGGCCUGUUUCUGUGCUGUUUUACUCUGAUUCUACAAAACCUGUUCAAAAAGAAAUUUACUCACUUACAAAUAAUUUGAGUAUGAACAAGGCGCACUGGAAGCAAAACAAAACAUCUGAAAAUGGCAAACUAUGCGUGACUUUCAAUUGAUCAAACUCAUUAACCACUUAGAAGGUGGAGCAAUACACUUAAACGUGGGGUAACAUUGGGUGAAAGAAAUAGUUUGUGUGAAACUGACCUCUUUAUUUGUCGUGUGUCCCAGGGUUAAUAGUUUCUUCACUCCACAAAAGAUAAAGUAACAGUCUGUAACCUUGCAUUCUAGUUUCUUAGAAUUGAGUUUCACAGACCAGAGAGCUGUCUCCCCCAGGGCUGGAUAAAAUAAGUUUCCCACAGCAGUAUGGCCACAAUUGAAGGUUACAUGAGGUAAGACCAGGGUAUAGGUGGGGAAAUUGGCAGUGAUAGAGGGGGGGGAGGUUCCGAUUUAAGAGGACAGAUGGAUGCCGAGGUAGGGAACGUGCCUUUGAAACAAAGGGAAAGUGAGGAGGAAAAACUACAGCAGUACAGGUCUAGCUAAGUCAUUGUUCAAAAUAAACCUAGAAUCCUGUGCUUUAGAAAGUAAAGACAUUAAAAUUAUUCCAAGUUUUAAAUUUUGAAAAGUGCUUUACAGAAAAAAAUACUUCGAUAAUGGUAGAAUUGACACAAUUGAUUGUGUUCACUGUUACACAAUUUGUUUUCUGUGAAAAGAUUCAAGAUUGCAUGUGGGUAGGAAGUGCAAAGUCCAUUGUAUCGUGGUUAUUUUCAAAAAAGGGAUUUGGCAUGAUUUAAAAAGGUCUCUGUAAAAAUAAACUGACAUGCUCAUUAAAUGGCCCUUUCCUGUUGCUAAAAAUAAAGUGCUCUUAUUGCCUAUCUGA